AUGAAUAAUGCUGAAAUUGAUGUGCAAUGCUUGUUACGUUCUCUAAAAUAUUUUUCCAAAGAUAACAGUGCAUUACUCACUGAAGACGACUGUAAAAUAAUUUUUAAUAAAAUUCUUUCGCAAGAUUUAAAUGAUGAAAGUAUAAGGGAACUAAUAAAAAAUAUAAAAGCAGAUAUAAAAUGGAAUAAACUCAAUUAUGUUGAAAAUUUUAUAUUAAAUCCUUCCAUAUUACAUUCACUAAUAAAUAAACAACUAAAAAAAUAUGAGUUAGAAAUCAUUUUUAAAGAUUUAUUUAGCUGUAUUCAAAGGAACAAUGUGAUAAACACAAAUGAUUUAAAAAGAUUUUUAAGUCUAUGCAAUAUUAAUACAUCACAAGAUUCAUUGAUAUAUUUGUGUAAAGUUAAUUUAAAUUUAGAGGAUUCUAAUCAGUCUGCAGACUAUAAUACAUUUGUUAAUAUGAUGAAAAAAUACUUAAAAAAAGUAUAA